GCGACUUCGAGGCGCACCGGCUCCAUACACCAGAAACAUCGCAUUAUGGCCUCACUCUGAGCCUCCUGAUGCGACAGUUGUGUACAUACCUUACCGGCAAUCCGUCACCAUCGACGCCUUGAUCAUGGACCUCCGGUCCAGAGGCUUUUUUCGGGGCCAUCGGAAUUGUCAUUAGUGCUCCCGAAUUACUAUAUUAUUUGAUUUUGAGCACUGUCACUUUUGCACGCCCGGGGAUUUAAACCGAAGUGACAGUAGUAGCACUCACCCCAUCUGCCGGUCAGCUAGCUAGCUAGCUCGCUAAGUCAAUAGCCAAGAAGGGCAUCACUUUUCUUUUGGAGUAAAGGACAAGGAAACUACAACACCACUACUUCCAGUAACAGAAGACUGACCAGAGGCUGAUUUCCCGAGUUCCCAACAUACUCUGUAUUGAUUCCUGAAAGGCUGGCAACACAAGGCCACCCUAAUGCAGAACCAUAAAAGAACGUGAAAUGAACAAACCACCACAGCCUAUAACGGGACCUACGUCUGUCCCUAACCCUUCCCCAUCCCCUGGAUUGACACAGGCCGCCUAUGGUCCUGGCCAGCCCCCCUCUCUUGUUUUUGCGACCCCUCCACCUCCACAAAUGAACUCUGCACCACAGCCAAGACAGUUUGCUGCAGGCCCCCGUACUUUACACCAACAGGGUGGAUACAGAGCAUUACAGAGUUACUAUCAGAACCGACCAGCCAUGGCCACCAGCGCUCCAAGGGUACAGACGAGUAGCGGCCCGCGACCUGUCGGACCCACUCACGUCUACCCGCCCAGCUCCCAGAUGAUGAUGAUAUCCCAGCAGCAGCUGUCUUUUGCUGGCUCCCCUCAGGGUUACUUCAUCCCCCCUGGACAGUACCGGACCCCAUACAUGCCUCCUACUCAGCAGUAUCCUGUGACCAGCGCUACAGCAGGCUUCUAUCCGGGAACUAGCCCUGCUGAAUACCCUGCGUAUGCAGGAGCAUACUAUCCAGCUCAGCCGCAGUACUCCCCGUCUGUCCAGCCGGCAUCGGUCAUGAUCAACCCCGCCCAGCAACAGCAGCAGCAGCAGCAAGCCCCGCCUCCUCAGCAACCACCGGCGCAGUCACAAGGGCAACCAAAGAGGGAACGCAAACCGAUAAGGAUACGAGACCCCAACCAGGGCGGGCGUGAUAUCACAGAGGAGAUCAUGUCAGGUGGAAGGUCCACCACCACACCGACUCCCCCACAGGCCUCCGCAUCAGAUUUAAGUCCUGCACAGACCAAUGGUGAAGUUACACAGCCGGCCACUACAGUGACUAGAAGAGACGAAAACACUGAGCCCCCUGCUAGCGCUGAAACCCCACCACCUCCUGCCACAGCGAAUACAGAGCCUGUGGAGGAGGCCAAACAGGAAACGGACCACCAGAUGACACCACCUGCUGAGUCAGCCGCAGAAUCUGUGGCCCUGACAGCUGCUGCUGAGGUGCCAUCCCCUUUGAAUGAGGACCUGCACUCUCCCCUCCCUGCAGCAGCAUCUACUACUACUACUACUACUCCUGCUGAGGCAGAAAAUACAGUCCAGACUAAAGUUGGUGACACGGUUGACGCUCCUGUCGGCCCUUCAGCAUCGUUGGCACCACAAGAGGCGCCUGUCAAAAUGGAAGAACCACAGGCUGCCCCAGCUCCAGCUGAGAAGGCACCCGAAAAGGAGGAAAAGAAAAUGGAGGAAGUGAAGGAAUUGGAGAAAGAGGAGCAGGUGGCCAGCGCUAAAUUGGAGCCCGCAGUUGAGGUUGCUCCAACAUUUUCUCCCGUUAAAGAGACAAAAGCAGAGACGGCUAUGAAGACAGAAACUGAAGUCUCUCCGCCUCCACCCUCUGCGCAGGAACCUGCUGCUCCACAGACCCAGACCGCCACCGCCCCGAGCUCUGAACCUGAACCCACGCCCGCUGAAGCGGCAGAGCCUCUUCUCUUCAACGGCCUUCCCCAGGACACAGAGGAAGUGUCUGAGGAACUGUCUGAGGAGGUGGCAUUUUUAGACACUACGCCCCUUGACAAGCCGGACGCUUCUCAAUCUCAGAAAUCCACACCUGUGGCUAAAACGUCAAUGCCUGCCCAGGAGGAGGAGGAGGAGGAGGAGGAGGAGGAAGAAGAAGAAGAAGAAGAGGAGAAAAAAGACGAGGAGAAGAAAGAGAAAAACGAGGAUGCCCCUCCCGCCUCUGUCAGCUGUCCUGCAGAGGAAUCCACUAUGCAAGCUGCAACGUCUGUGCCAAAGAAGAGGAAGAACAUGAAGGAGUUGAACAAGAAGGAGGCCAUUGGAGACCUCCUGGAUGCCUUCACAGAGGAGCAAGAAGCCAAGCCUGCCCCUGAACCCUCGUCCACUCAGGCCGACCCCGUCCCUGUUGCUCCACCUAAACCUCCCGCCGAGGUUCCAGAUGAGACCUGGGAGGAGAAAGAAGACAAGCAGAGCUCAGGACCUAAAGCCACACCUGAGACAACUGACCAGAAAUACCAGUACAAAGAAGAGCAAUGGAAGCCGAUAGACCCAGAAGACAAGAAGCGGUACGACAGGGAGUUCCUCCUGGGCUUCCAGUUCAUCAGUGCCAGUAUGAACAAACCCGAUGGACUGCCCACCAUCAGUGACGUGGUCCUGGACAAGGCGAACAAGACUCCAAUGCGGCCUCCUGACCCAGCUCGAAUGAUGAAUGUUGGUCCUGACUUUACUCCCUCUUAUUUGGGGAACCUUGGGAGCAGAUCGGUGGGAGGACCACGAGGCCCGCCGCCUGGCCCACGUCGCUCCCAGCAGGGUCAGAGGAAAGAGCCGAGGAAAAUCAUCCUCAGCAGCAUGUCCCACGGCGAAGACGUGCAGCUCAACAAGGCCGAGAAGGCCUGGAAGCCCACGGGGAAGAAGUCCACUCGAGGCCGCGGCGCGGAGGAUCCCGAAGUGGAAGACGACGAUCCCGAACAGGCCAAGACUAAGGAGCUGUUCAAGCGUCUGCGCAGUAUCCUCAACAAGCUGACCCCUCAGAAGUUUCAGGAGCUGAUGAAACAGGUGACGGACCUGACGAUAGACACAGAGGACAGGCUGAAGGGAACCAUUGACCUUAUCUUUGAGAAGGCCAUCUCAGAGCCCAACUUCUCCGUGGCCUACGCCAACAUGUGCCGCUGCCUUAUGGGGUUGAAAGUCCCCACCUCGGACAAGCCAGGCGUUUUUGUGAACUUCCGCAAACUGCUGCUCAACCGCUGCCAGAAAGAGUUUGAGAAGGAUCAGGACGAUGACGAAAUCUUUGAGAGGAAGCAAAAAGAAUUGGAGGCUGCCAAAGAAGGAGAGGAGCGGGAGCGCUUGAGGGUGGAGCUGCAGAGCGCCAGAGACCAGGCCCGCCGCCGGUCACUGGGUAAUAUAAAGUUCAUUGGGGAGCUCUUCAAGCUGAAGAUGCUGACGGAGGCCAUCAUGCACGACUGUGUAGUGAAACUACUGAAGAAUCACGAUGAAGAGUCUGUGGAGUGUCUCUGCAGGCUGCUCUCCACUAUUGGCAAAGACCUGGACUUUGAGAAGGCCAAGCCUCGUAUGGAUCAGUAUUUCACCCAGAUGGACAAGAUCAUCAAAGAGAAAAAGACCUCAUCCAGAAUCCGCUUCAUGCUACAAGACGUCAUAGACCUAAGAAGGUGUAGCUGGGUGCCUCGUAGAGGAGAACAGGGUCCUAAAACGAUCGAACAGAUCCACAAGGAUGCAGAGCUGGAGGAGCACAGGGAACACAUCAAAGUCCAGCAGCAGCUUCUGUCCAAGGGAAGUGGAGGAGGAGGAGGAGGAGGAGGAGGAGGAGGAGGAGGAGGCGGCGGCGGCGGUAGGAUGGGAGGGAACAUGGGGGGCCGUGGCUCUCACACACAAGGAGGCGGCCGGAAUAGCCAGCCUCAGGAUGAGGGCUGGAACACGGUGCCCAUCUCCAAGAACAGACCCAUCGACACCACCCGCCUCAGCAAGAUCACAAAGCCUGGUUCUCUGGACUUCAACAAUCAACUGUUGGCUCCAGGGGGGAAAGGCAUGUGGGGCAGCUGGGGCAAAGGCAGCAGUGGAGGAACUGGAGCAAAACCAGCAAGCGGAGAGCCGGAGACUGGUCGUCCAGCUACCAGCACCGUCAAUCGCUUCUCAGCCCUGCAACAGUCCGGUUCAGUGGCGGCUUCAACUGACUCUGAUCACAGAGCUCCUCAGAGGUCGAGCUCCAGCCGCGAGCGUGGUGGCGACAGAGAAAAGGGUGAGCGGGAUCGGUUCGAUCGCAGCGAGGGACGAGAGGGUCGUGACGGCCGGAGCACCCCAAACCAAAUCACCAAGAGAAGCUUCAGCAGAGAGUCCCAGGAGCGCGGCGGGAGGACCGGCGACCUCCGGGCCUUAACUGAGCCUGUGCGUCGCGUGGCCAGCAUGACCGACGAUCGGGACCGAGGAAGCCGGGACCGAGGAAGCCGGGACCGAGGAAGCCGGCACAGAGGAAGCCGAGAUCGAGGCAGCGGGGACCGAGGCAGCCGGCACAGAGGAAGCCGGGACCGAGGCAGCCGGGACCGAGGAAGCCGGGACCGAGGAAGCCGGGCCAGGUCUCCAAGCAAAGAUCUCCAAGUUGAGCGUGAGAGCGCUCCAACUCCCCUACCGUCUCUUCCAAAACCUGCCUUGAGUGAAGAGGAGUUGGAGAAGAAGUCGAACGCCAUCAUUGAAGAAUACCUUCACCUUAAUGACCUGAAGGAGGCGUUGCAGUGCGUGACAGAACUCAACAGUGCCUCGCAGCUCUAUGUGUUUGUGCGGACCGGCGUGGAGUCGACGCUGGAGCGCAGCACCAUUGCUAGAGAGCGCACGGGCCUGUUUCUGCACCACCUGGUCAAGGCUGGGGUAUUGCCCUCAGAGCAGUACUACAAAGGGCUAGAAGAGACCCUGGAGGCUGCGGAAGACAUGGCCAUAGAUAUACCUCACAUCUGGCUCUACCUGGCUGAACUCAUCACCCCCAUGCUCCAUGAGGGAGGCAUCCCUAUGGGACAGAUCUUCAGGGAGAUCUCCAAGCCUCUCGUGCCUCUGGGGCAGGCCGGCGUGCUGCUGGUGCAGAUCCUCAAGUUGCUCUGCAAAGAAAUGACCCCGAAGAAGGUCGGGGCAAUGUGGACCGCGGGAGGCCUGAAUUGGAGCGAUUUCUUGCCCGAAGAUGAAGACGUCAACAAGUUCGUCACUGAGCAGAAAGUGGAGUUCACCACAGGAGAGGAGUUGGAGUCGAAGGAAGUUGAUGAGAAGAAGGUCCUCACUGGAGAGGAGCUCGGCAAACAGCUGGAAAGACUCUUCCAGGACAAGGCCAACAACCAGCGCAUCAGAGACUGGGCUGAGGCUAACUUGGACGAGGAGCAAACCGCUUCCAACCAGUUUGUACGAGCAUUGAUGACGUCAGUGUGUCAGUCUGCCAUCAUAUGUGACACCCCGUACAAGGUGGAUGCACGGCAGAUCAACCAGAGGGCCAGUCUGCUGCAGAGAUACCUGUCUGAUGAGCUGAAAGAGCUGCAGGCCCUCUACGCCCUCCAGGCUCUGAUGGUGCACAUGGAGCAGCCAGCGAACCUGCUGCGGAUGUUCUUCGAUGCCCUGUACGACGAGGACGUCAUUAAAGAGGAGGCCUUCUACAAAUGGGAAACCAGCAAAGACCUCGCGGAGCAAACGGGCAAAGGUGUGGCCUUGAAAUCAGUCACCGCCUUCUUCACCUGGCUCCGCGAGGCCGAGGAGGAGUCCGACAAGGAAUAAGACUGAACUGAAAGCUGCCGCCGCCCCCCCCCCCCCCCCCUCAAGGCGGGCUCUGCAGGCGGCUGCAGAGAGUCAGACAAUAUUGCCAGAGAGGCAGACUCAAAUCAAUCCUCAAUGAGGAUAUAUCUUAUUUUAUUUUUUCUUUUUGUUGAGGGAUGGACUCGGAAAACAAUCAUUUCUCUCUACCCCUCCCUCUCUUGCUUCCUCAUUAUGUCCCCACCUGCUUGUCACAGCAAGUGUCCUCAGCAAAUAAACUUGAAAGCUGACGCAGCGGGAUUGCUUGUUGCGAGGUGUGAGGUAUCCCACGUUACUACAAAACUCUUUUUCUCACAAGAAUACAAACCAACCGGCUGCUUUUUAUGGUUCUAGAUAAUUCUAAUGCCUGACAUCCUAUCUGAUCUGCAAGCGUAAAACCACGUGGUGUAGUGGGUUCCCUGAUACGUGGGUAUCGUCAUGCCAUAAUGUGUGUUCAAUCCAAACUCGGCUCUUAUGUCUUUGUCCCUUACUGGAGUGUGCAGCAUGGCUGAAGUGUGUUUCUAUUAAUGAUACAGUGGACGAAACGUCGAUAGAAAAAAAAUGUACAUGAACUCAUCUUGAUUUGAUGGAUGGAGUUUUUAAUGCAAAGGUCGUCUCUUUUCUCUUCCUGUUUCCCCAUCAUGAAUUUCGGGAGGGCAGAAACACGGAUUGGUGUUGACCUUUGACUACUUAGGGGUGGUCUUAAUGCUUCCUUUAAGCCAUCCUCUCCCAUCCCCCAGUAGUGAACCACACUGACUCUUCAUCUUUACCUCUUCUAUACUUAAACCCGAGCUGUCGUAGAGGACACUUAAUGACCCAAUCACCGGUAAAACUUGAAAUCGACAGAAAAUUGACUUGAUGAAAAUAUAUAAAGUUACAAAAAAAGAAAAAAAAACACAGAAAUGAUCCGAAAGCCUUUUCUACUUCAAGUGGAAACUUAUUUCAGGAGCGUUCUGUAAAUAUAUAAUAAUUAAAAAAAACGUCUUUUUCCGUUUUAUUUUUCAGAAACAAAUUGCUGAUGUAAUUGCAGUGUAUACUUUUCCAACAGAAACAGCAGUUGUCCAGAUGCAGAGAGGUGCUUUAGAUAAUCCAUUGAUUAUUAAUUGUGGAAUUUUGUAAAUAUUUUUUUUUGCUUUCUUUAUUUAAGAAAUUAUUGCUUCUUUUGCAUCGGAAACUGGAAAGAUGAGGUAAUGGAGCAUUGCAAAUAAAGGACUUCUUAAGUUGCUGA